AUGGAAUGCCAUAAAAAUUCCAAUCCUAUUCUAUGCGGCGAAAAUGUCAACGGAUUUUUCAUCUGUCCUAAUAACUGCGGUAAAAAAUAUAAGUACAGGCAAGGACUCCAAAGGCAUUACCAGUUCGAGUGUGGAAAAGAGCCUCAGUUCCAAUGUGAACUAUGUUAUAAAAAAUUCAGUCAAAGUACUACUUUAAAAGCGCAUUAUGGAUUUGUUUAUCAUUCUCAUCAACCAUCGCAAGUCUCAUAUUCUGAACAGUACGAUCAGCAAUUUUAUUACUGUCCGAAUAAUUGUGGUAAACGGUACAAGUAUAGAAGUAAUGGAAUUCAAUUGGCUGAUAAUUUCAACGCUGAUGGAAGUGGUUCGUUGGGAUACCAUUUAUGCCCCAAUAACUGUGGCAGGAAGUAUAAAAAUAAACGCAGUAUUUAUGUCCACUUGAAGUACGAAUGUGGUGUUGAGCCUCAGUUCAAAUGCAACAUUUGCGAUCGUAAAUUCAGCCAGCCGGUUACAUUGAGGAAUCAUCGUGUCAUGGUGCACAAAGUCAUUUGUACUGCUUUCAUUGAAGCACUGGCCAACCACAAUGUCAAUCAGUAUCAUUAUUGUCCCAAUAACUGUGGAAGGAAAUACAAAUAUGCCAGGGGUCUAAGUGAACACAUGAAGUACGAGUGUGGCAAAGAACGCCAGUUUCAGUGUAACAUUUGCUGUAAGAAAUUUCGCCAUCGAUCGCACCUGAAAACCCAUUCAAUCGCUGUCCACGAGAUGAUUUAAAAGCCCAUCAGCCAUCAUGGAAGAAUUUUUCUCCUCUUUUUUUUUCAUCAUGUGUUGUGGUUAUUUUAGCUCUUUAAGAUUGUCAUUUAAGAGGUACUCAUUUUUUCCUAAUUUUCAUUGUUAUUAGAAGCACAAAUUAUCUCUCCCUUUUAAUUUUUUUUCAUGUAAUAGUUUAGGUGGUCUUAUUUAUUUACACUUAUCAGCUGGAUUUUCCCAUUGUUGUCGAGAGGUAUUGACCUGAGUAUUGCAUUGAGGCUCUACAUUUUGCUUUAUUGAAUAAUAAGAUUGAUUAGCAACUAAGCAAGUUGAAAAAAAUAAUAGUAAUGUAGUAAAUUCAAACCGUGAAAUCAUGAAAAUUUAAUAAUUGUUAUAAGUAAUUGACUGCCAUACCUUGUCUUUUAGAAGCUCGUUGAUAAGGUAUAAUAUGAAUUUAUUACUUCAAUGAUCUUCAAGGUGUGUAUGAGGCAGAGGGAAAAUGGCAAUAAUUGAAGUACCUACCUGAAAUAUACCAUGACAUGGCCUUGUGCAAUGAUCUCCCUUGCAUGGGCAUAUUCAUCACAUUUUCUAGCUUUCUAUUAAUUGUCAUUGUUAAGCACAAGUACCAUUGUGUAAUGGGUAUACAUUUAAUGAUAGUGCCUUUGAGAAUGACACUUGUAACAGAAACUAUUCUUUAAAAAAAUGAAAAAAAUAAAAUUCCAACUCGCUACUAGAAAAUUUAUUCUAGAGCCACAAAAGAGGGGUAUUUUGUGUGAAAAAAUUUCAAAUUGUAUUGCCACAGAAAAGUCUAUUUUAAAAUCAACAUAAAGAGUGCAUUAAAAUUUGAAAUUUUACCAAAGGUAAGUGAAACCCCCUAUUUAAAAUCCAAAAUUAUGGGAGAAUUUAUUUAAAAUUCCUAAAAAUCAAAAAAUAUAUAGAUGAAUUACUUACUAACUUAACACUAUUGACAUAGGUAAUAAGCAUAAUUUUUUUUUUAGAGAAAAGUUGCACCACUUGUAACAGUAAAACACAAAUGCAUAUCUGCAGUACGCUUAUAGUCUGUCUUUAUCAAAAUUGUACCUGAGGGAUUUCCUUGCAGGGCCCUAAAGAUUUCAGUUUGUUGUUGUAAAAUUGUAGUAAUCAAAUCCUAGUCACCUCCUUACCUCAACCUUCUCCUGUUCCUUGACCUCAAGAUCUAGAAUACUCAUCUAUAAGAUAGCAAAUACCACUCAAUAAGUUAGUGUACUUAUAUUUUUACUCAGGUAGUACAAUAAAAAG